AUGAUUACAUAAUUUGAAGAAUAAAGUCUCUUAACAUCACCAACAACAAGCAAAAUUCUUUAAUUUACUUCAGAUAAUAUCUUAAUUUGUGGAUCAGGAAAUAGAUUAAUGGAGUAUAAUUUAUAUAACAAUACUGUAAAGCCAAUUAUCUAAACCAGAUAUAAUGUAAAAUACUUUAGUGUUCACAAUCAACAAUAUUAUUCAAGCGUAGAUGAUUAAUACAAUAUUCUAUGUAAUGGCAAACAUAUUAAGAGUAAAAACUAGCAAAUCAAAUAAAUUAAGCAUAGUCCAGAUGGAAAGAUGAUAGCAAUUGCUUAUCUAAAUAAAUUAAUUAUAUACACCUUAUAAAUGGAAAAGAUAAAAGUGCAUUCCAAUAAGCAUAAAAUUAAUGGAAUUUGUUGGUCACCAGAUAGUCGAUUUAUAUUAUCUUGGGGUGAUGAUAAUUCUGUAAUUAUUAAUAAUGUCUUUAAAUUGAGAUUAUAUACUGAUAUUAUGUUGUAAGCUCAUAAAUUCAAAAUAGCUUCAGCAUUUUUUUUAGGAUCUAAUGUUUAAUAUAUAAUGACCAUCGAUGUUCUAGGAAAAGUCUGUUUAUGGAAAUUUGUUACUGAUUAUGUUACUGAAUAAUAUGAAGCAAGAUAAAAAUUCUAAAAAACAAAGGCCUAACAUCAUUUAGGAGUUGAUAAUGAUUAGUCAGAAUACUCAAUAGAGGAAUUGAAAUAUAUGAGCGAUUUUGAAAAGAAUGUUCAUAAAGGUAGAUUCAUUUUAGAGAAGAAAAUAAAUAUCAAAGAAAAAUUGGUAAAGCAUUUUGCAGCGAUUAAAUCUGUCGCAUAUCAUUCAUCCAAUAUGAUGAUUGUUGGAAUGAAAAAUGGAGUUUUAACAUUGUUUAAAAUAGAACCCUCUGAAGAUCCUUUCUUAAUUUAAAUAUAAAGCUUUUAAAUAACCCAAACAUAAAUUGAUAAUUUGGCAAUCAAUAAAAAUGGAAAUUGGAUAGCUUUAGGUAUGAGAAAUACUGGAUAAUUGAUUGUUUGGGAAUGGAGAUCUCAGAGUUAUAUUUUAAACUAAUAAUCAUUGAGUUACGAAACUACCUGCUGCACUAUUAGUUAAGAUUUAACUACAAUAGCAGUUGGAACACUAGGAGGAAUAAUUAGAUUGUAUGACUAAACUUCAAAUUUCUGUAUAGCUAAAUUCAAUGAUUAACAUAAUUCUAAAGUAACAGGCAUAAAAUAUUGUCCUUCUAAACAAGGGGUAUUAAUAUCUUGUUCACUUGAUGGAACUGUUAGAGCCUAUGACACUAUUAGAUUAAAAUGUUUUAGAGUUAUGUAACCUGAAAUAUUGAAUUAAUUAUAAUGUUUAGAUGUAGAACCUUCUGGCGAUUUGAUUUGUGUAGGUGGUUUUGAUCCUUAUGAAAUCUAUGUUUUUAGCUUAUAAACUGGUUAAUUAGUAGAAGUAAUAUCAGGCCAUUAAGCUCCAAUUACAUCAAUUAAGUUCAUUUAAGCAGAGGAGAAGGUAUUAUUAAUCUCAGGUUCUUGGGAUAAAACUAUAAGAAUUCAUGAUUUAUAUGCCAGAGGGAUGAAGGAAGGUAGUGGUGGAGAUUCAAUGUUACACAAUAGCGAAGUUACUGCACUCGCCACUAGAGAUAAUUAAAUCGCUGUGGCUACUAUGGGUGGUGAAUUGGUUAUAUGGGAUGUUAAUGAAAGUUUAAUAUUAUUUACUUUUGAUGUUCAUAGAGAUGUCUAAGGUGGCAGGAUUUCUAGAGAAACUUUAGCAGCUUAAAAAAAUUAAAAUUUAAAGUAUUUUGUUACUAUUGAAUUUUCAAAAGAUGGGUAAUAUUUAAUUGGAGGAGGUAAUAGUAAAUUUAUUUGUCUUUAUGAUAUGAAAUAUAGAAUAUUGAUAAGGAGAUUUAUUAUUUCAAAUAAUUAUUCUCUUGAUGGAAUGAAAUUAAAAGUGAACUUUAAAACUAUUGAUUAAGAGAAUAAAAAUAUUGAAGAAUCUGAUGAUGAAAGAUAAAAAGAUAAUUUACCAGGAGCUAAGACAUUUGAUGUUUCAAAAAGGAGUAGUAAAAGAGUUCCUGUUUCAGUAUUUAAUUUACAAUUUACCGAAUCAAAUAGAGAAUUUAUUGUGUCUUCAAGUGAAGGAGUUUCUAUUUUUGGAUCAGCAAAAAGAAGAUAAUAUUUUGAUCCUUUAGAUAUUGAUGAAACUGUGUCAUUAGAAGAAAUUUAAAAAUAAAUCAAUUAAUAAAACUAUAUUGAAGCAUUAAUAUUAAGUCUUAAAUUAAAUGAAGCCAGUAUUUUAGACUAAGUUUUUAACUCAAUUCCAGUAGAUUCUAUUAUAACAACUGUUCCAGCCAUACCAGAAUCAUUAAUUGUUAGAUUAUUGGAAACCAUAAUAAGAUCAAUGCAAAUUAAUAGAUCAGUCGAAUCAUGUCUAAUUUGGAUUAAAUAAAUAUUAAUAGAUUUUGCUCCAUUAAUUAAAGGAUCAACUGCAAAUAAGAAAGUAAUUUUAUAAUAAAUUUUUAGGUUUAAAAUAUGCUAUAAGAAGUCUUAAAAUAAAUUAGACUUGAUUUUAACAGAAUAAAGAAUCCGAUAAGAAAGUGUAUCAAUAUUUUAGAAUAUUUAUCAAGUUGA